CGGCCCAAAAAAGGGCAAAUCUGUAAUUUAAGGUCACAACAGAGAAACCCAUCGACUUGAAGUUCCAUGUUCUAUCCACAUAAGAGAAGCCCUCAAGGUCCGUAGCUUUGCUAGUUACUCUCAGUUUUCUCGUCAGACGCCAUUAAUCGAAUCGAAGAUUUAAAUAGUCAUGGGGAAGGACUCAAAGUCAGGAGGGAAGGGUAAGGGAAAACAGGCAGCAAGUGGAAGUGAUGACAGUGGUUCAAAGGGCAAAGCAAAAGGUGGGAAGGGAUCAGAUGGGCUUGGCACCUGCACGUAUGUCAAAGCAAGACAUAUCUUAUGUGAAAAGCAAGGGAAAAUUAAUGAAGCAUAUAAGAAGCUACAAGAUGGUUGGCUUAGCAAUGGAGAUAAGGUUCCACCAGCUGAGUUUGCAAAGGUAGCAGCAGAAUUUUCCGAGUGUCCGUCAGGGAAGAAGGGUGGGGACCUUGGAUGGUUCCCACGUGGCAAGAUGGCUGGUCCAUUUCAGGAUGUUGCCUUUAACACCCCUGUUGGGGCUACCAGUGCACCAUUUAAAUCAACACAUGGAUACCACAUUAUCUUGUCUGAAGGGAGGAAGAACUGAUGGAGCCUGGAACUAGAACGAAGUUGUGUCAGCGACAAUGAAAAUGGAAUUUACGCUUUAUGUAAAUGUUUUUAUUAUACUUGGACCAUAAUGGUGUGAUAUUUGAACAUUAUUAGUGAUUGGGUGCAGCUUCCUUUUUCCGAUAAAUUUUCUUGUCUCUUUUUUUUUUUUUUUAAUGAAAGAUUAUAUAGUUGUAACUUUUA